UUUUAGGUGACAUGGCUGAGCACCAAGCAUGAGAAAGGUGCAGCAUCGUUGACAUGUAUCCACUGUGUGUGACACUUUCCGCUGAUCCACAGAGAUGCCAGACUGAGGUCCGUUCAACAAUGGAUUGACUGGAUCGACUGAUUAAACAUGGACAUCUUUUUUCUGUUAAUGCUCCUGCUUUCAUGCAGGAUUCAAGCAGUCAGAGCUCAGAUGAAGCUGUCACCUGGAACACUAACCGUGCUGCGAGGAGAGGAGGCCCGGCUUACCUGCAGUACCUCCAACACCCACUGGACCGUUAUGGUGUGGCUGCUGAAUGGUACAGCGGUUCUCACUAUCUCCAAGGAGAUUGGUGUCCUGCCCUCCAUCAACCCAAAUAUGACGGCUGAAAAAAGCCGUGUCUCACAGGGGGACAGCUGGGUGUUUGUCAUGAAAAACACACAGAGGCACAACCAGGGACAAGUGACCUGUGACCUCCAGGGUAUUGAUAGGAAAACAGCAAGCCUGUUUGUACAAGAAAAGGGCAGCGUGAGAGUCAUUGGGGAGGACAAGUUGGCUUUCAAGGGUCAGUUGGUCCUGUUUGAAUGCCAAGCAGCACGAUGGUACCCUCAACCCACUUUGCAAUGGCAGGUGAAUGACAAAAAGAUGAGCCAGGGUGAAUACAACAUCAGUAGUGAAGAGUCGGGGAAGAGCCUCUUUAAUGUGACCAGCAACCUCAGCUUCACGGCAGCAAAGAGCUCCAACGUGGAGUGUCUGGCCUCUGUGUCUGCCCUCCCCACACCACUGAAGAGCAGCGUCCGCCUGACAGUGGUUGCAGAGGUGGUGCAGGAGGGAGAUGACUGCACAGUCCCUGUGGCGGUAACAGCCUCCAUCUCUGCCGUUGUGCUGCUCCUCCUGCUCUGCAUCUGCACUGUCCUCUGGUAUAGACAAAGGACACAAGCAAAACUGAGCCCACAGGAGACAAUAAGUGCUGCAGAAAACUACCUGUGUAUUGCCACUAAAACCUAAAUUUGAUGGUGUGUCCCAGCCCCCUGAUGUCGUGUCCUCCAGCAGCCAGUCUCUACACAGUGAGAACCAACCCCAGGUGUGCCUAGAGGAAAGCUCCAAGAAUGUCAGGAGAAUUACCACAGUUUAAAUACGUUGAUUGUGAUAUUGUUUGAUAUUAAAAAAAAAUAUAUUUACACUAUUUUACAGUACAGUAUUUACAGGUGGGCCACUUACCAGUGUUUGUAUGGUAUAAUGUUUCACAUUUCACAUUUUUGUAAAGCUAGAAGCUAAUGUUAUGUGAUCUUCAGCUAAAUGUGUACAGCACACUUAUUUUACAAAUAUAUUUUGAUACCUUUACCUUUAAAAUUAUUGUAUCAUUUAAAAAAAUGUCAACUGUUUUAGAAUAAUAUACACAAAAACAUUGUUUUUUAAUUUUCAAUAAAUUCUAUUUUUGUGUUUCU